AUGCUCCUAAUGGAACCCGUGAGUAUGUUGACGACAGCUUUAGUGGCCCUGCUGGGCUACUUCAUCGUCCAGACAAUUUAUCGUCUAUAUUUCCACCCUUUGAGCAAGUUCCCUGGCCCAAAAAUUGCAGCUGCUGGUCGUUUCUACGAGUUUUAUUUCGACAUAGUCAAGGGCGGCAUGUAUAUAUGGGAAAUACAGCGCAUGCACGAACAGUACGGCCCUAUUGUACGUGUCAACCACCGAGAACUUCAUAUCAAAGACCCCGACUACUACGCCGAGGUAUACAGUUCUCGGAAACAAGAGAAGGACUUCCAUGCCGUCUCUGCUUAUGGCAUGACACAUUCUAUGAUCACGACUCUUGAUCAUGACCAUCAUCGUUUCCGCCGGGGCCUUCUAAACUCUUUCUUCUCUAAACGAGCCGUGACCAGCCUCGAGCCUAUGGUUCUGGAGAAAGUCAACCGUGCCGCAGAACGCAUCGAAGAGGCCUUUAACCAGAACGAACUUGUCCCUUUUGAUAAGGUAUUUGCAGCAGUGACUGCAGAUAUUAUCUCAAAAUAUUCAUAUGGCCGAAGUGUGGACUACUUGGAAAACAAGGACUAUCAAAAUGACUUCAGAGAUUUCGGGAAUGUUGCCAGUAACUUAUCACAUAUCUUCACCUUCCUCCCUGGCAUGAUGGGUGUGGUCAAGAUUAUACCUGAAGCAUGGCUGCAGGCUGUACAACCGCAGGCUGUUGGGGUUUUCAGCAUGAGAAAUCUAGUGAGAGACCAGUCAUUGGCCAUGCUAAAAGAAACCCAUCGUCCAGGAUACAAAUCUCCAGAGGGAGUUGAUCGGAACAUUUUCCAUGCCCUAUGUGACCCUGCAGUGCCAGAUAAGGAGAAGGAGAUUGAACGACUGACGGAGGAAGGAUUGGGUGUCCUUGCUGCGGGAACAGAAACAACGGCUAGAACGUUGACUGUAGGCACCUACUAUCUAUACCACAACAAAUCAGUUCUGCAUAAAUUGCGCCAGGAGUUAAAGGAAGUGAUGCCAAAACCAGACAGUCCUAUCACCUGGGCACAGCUUGAAAAAUUGCCCUACCUCAACGGAGUCAUCAAUGAGUCACUUCGUCUGUCUCAUACUUUGAUCAUGAGGCUCCCGCGGAUUGCAAAGGACCAAAGCCUGGCGUAUGGAGAAUAUGUGAUCCCCCCAGGCACCCCUGUAAGCAUGAUAUCGUACUUCAUCCAUCUUGAUCCAAAGAUAUUCCCUGAUCCACAAAGAUUCGACCCUGAGCGCUGGAUUCGAGCUACAGAGAAGGGUGAACGGCUGUCCAGAUAUAAUGUCUCAUUCACAAAGGGAAACAGAAUUUGCCUUGGGAUGAACCUCGCGUAUAUCGAACUGUACCAUAUGUUUGCCACCAUGGUCCGCAGAUUCGAUAUGGAUCUGCAUAACACCACGUUUGACAAUAUCCGAGUCGAUAGGGAAUUCGGCCCGGGCCUGCCGGAGGGGAAAAACGUCAUUGAGGGUUACGCCAAAGUGACCAAAGUUCUGACUGAGUAG